AUGGCAGACAACUAUGCACAAAUUCUUUCUGGUGCUUUGACUCAACCAAAGCCGUUCCAAGUCUCAAUCGACGAUGAAAGGGUUGAUGAGCUCAAGCUGCUUGUCAAACUUGGCAAGAUUGCACCGCCUACCUAUGAGUCUACGCAAAAAGAGCAGAAUUUCGGCAUCACUCAUCAAUGGCUUACCGAUGCUAAAUCUGCUUGGAUGAAAUUUGACUGGCGAGCUGCCGAAAAGCAUAUCAAUCCAUACAACCACUGGAUAGUACCUAUCCAUGAUGAGAAAGGUGACUUUGAUAUGCAUUUCACUGGUCUCUUCUCAAAAAAGCCCGACGCCGUCCCUUUGGUCAUGGUUCACGGCUGGCCAGGUAGUUUCCUAGAGUUUCUCAAGAUCCUUUCGAUUCUCAAGAAUCGCUACACUCCCGAAAGACUUCCAUACCAUGUUAUUAUUCCAUCCUUGCCUGGGUUCACCUUUUCCAGUAAGCCUCCAAUGGAAAGAGAUUUUAGCAUGCAGGAUUCUACACGCAUAAUCAAUACGCUUAUGGUCCAGCUCGGCUUUGGAAGUGGUUAUGUCGCCCAGGGUGGUGAUUUUGGAAGCCUUGUAUCUCGUGAGCUUGCCACGAAUUACGAAGAGUGCAAAGCCGUUCACAUCAACCUUUGUAUGAUACCCGAGCCAGCCGAUGUCACUGGCGAAAUCACAGAAGCUGAAAAGAAAGCCCUUGCACGCGGCGAAGAAUUUGUUACUCGAGGAUCAGCCUACGCCAUGACCCAUGCCACCAAGCCAAGCACAAUCGGUCUCGCCCUCUCGUCCUCGCCCCUGGCACUCUUGGCCUGGAUCGGCGAGAAGUUCCGCGACUGGACAGAUGAAGAGCCUCCUAUCGACGAGAUUCUGACUUCUAUCUCACUAUACUGGCUUACAGACACGUUUCCUACAUCAAUCUAUGGAUACCGCCAUCUGUCUCUAUUCUCUGACGCGUCUUAUAAACCGGACCCCAAGAUUACCAAGCCGCUUGGCUACAGUUGGUUUCCACAAGAAGUCGGACCUAAGCCCGUUGCCUGGGCCGCGACACUAGGAAAUCUCGUGUAUUAUAAGAGGCAUGAGCGUGGUGGUCAUUUUGCUGCCCUAGAGAGACCAGAGGACUUAUUGGAGGCCGUGGAAGAAUUUGUGAAGCAAAUUUCUGCUGACGGAAGUCUAAAGAUUUGA